AUGGCGAACGCAAAAGCUGAAGACACGCCUAGUCAUUACCAUGUCCAGGCAGCCCGCAGGAUAUUCCCCAAAACGCCCGCACUUGAGGCCACAGUUUCCAAACUUUCCAUAAUCGAUGCAACAGUUGCCCGAUUCACGCCAACAGCCGCGAUAUGGCUCUAUGAUAAGAGCGAAGCGGUACAGCUUCCACAUGCCGAGCUUUUCAAAAUACUUGAACUUGCACUCAGCGAGACAUUGGACAGCUAUCGACACUUUGCAGGCCAAAUUCAAUGGGCGACCGAGGAUAUCGUGAAAAACCAUGUUGUUCCUCGUCAUGUCGGUCGCCCAGUAGUAGCUCAUGGCGCCGAAAGCGAUCCUGGUGUCGAACUGCUGAUUGUCGACUACGAUGUGAACCUACACGAUGUUGUCCCUAGCAGAGCCGAUAGGACAAACAGCUUGAAGGAGUGGAAUGCAACUGAUUUUCGCCAAAGCGAUUUCCUACCUGAUACGAAAAUCGCAUUGUCUUCUCUCAGCGCUGUACAGGGGCUACCCAGCAUGGCUGUUCAGCUUACGGCGUUCAAGUGUGGAGGUAUUGGUGUUAGUGCCAUGAUCUCACACCCCCUCGCGGAUGCAUUGUGCUUGAUGAGCUUUAUGCAGUUAUGGGCUGCUCGGUCAAGAGACCUCCUUGGUCGCAGCUCGUCAUCAGUCACAAAAGGAGUUCUGGAGCCAAUAUUUGACCCAACUUUGCUCGACCAAGUUGCUGGACUAUGUCCUGGCAGCCCACCAGAUGCUUCCAAGCUCGAAAAGGCUCGCUCAUUGCCUAUGCAUCGAUUCGAUUGGUGGGCAGAAGAUGCUCCUGGAUUCCCAGCAGGCGUAAAGCCAACUACACGGGUUACCAUGCCUUCUCCCGAGGAACUGGAAAACGUAACUCUUAGCCCCUCAACACCUCCACCAUGGCUAACGUGGGAUAUGAGUGCACCUGUUGAGCACGUUCAGAUCCGUUUUUCAGCUGCGGAGUUGACAAGAAUGGCCGACGCAGCACAAGAAACUCUGCCUGACGAGAUCAAAACGUAUCGGAUUUCUCGAACUGACGCAGUUUUGGCACACAUCUGGAUUCUUAUAAACCGUGCAAGAAACCUUCAAGGCGCCCAGGACAAAGUCUAUUUGGACGUCACCCUCGGCCUGCGGUCUCGUGUCAACCCGCCUCUGCCAGAAACCUUUACUGGGUCUCCUCUACUGUUAGGGUACGUUGAAAAGAGUGUUGAAGAAGCAGCUUCGCCACAAUUAGGACCAAUUGCGGGCGCAAUCAGGAAGAUGAUGUCGCACUUCACGCCUGAUGCCGUGGCAGCUUACAUACACGACGCGGCGUACGAAGUCAGCCCGCAGAGGUUAUGGCAGGCUUUUCUAGGCACACACCAUACGCUCGUGACUUCGUGGGUCAGAACCAAGGCGUAUGAACUAGACUUUUUCGGAACACAAGAACUAGCCAGAUACGUUCAAGCAGUCAUGCCAAAGGUAGAUGGCCUUGUUCAUAUCAUGGACAUUGAGGAGACUGGAGAGUUUGAUAUUAGCGUUUGCAUAGAGCGUGAAGCUAUGCAUCGCUUGCUGCAAGAUCCCCUACUUCGCAAGUACGACGGUACAACUCGUGAUUGA